GGACAGUCUACCGCACAUGAGCCUGAUGAGUUCUCCACUUGACGCAUUUCCUGGUUUUCCUCGCGAGGAUAAAUCGCUGAGCGAGGUGCUUCGGUCGGGGUCGGGGCUACUCGCCGGCAGGCAUGCCCACCGGCUCCAGCACUAGUAUGCGGCGAAGCCAUGGCAGGCAACGCUAAUCGGAGCGCCGAGGUGAGGACGCUGGAGGACCUAACGCUCGAUUCCGGUUAUGGUGGCGCUGCGGACUCGGUCCGAUCGUCCAGCGUGUCGCUGUGCUGCUCCGAGCCGCCCCUGCAGUCCCUCGCGCACGGCGGCAACCGCUGGCAUCUGACGGAAUCCAUGCACAGCCGACAGAACAGUUUGGACACGGUCAACACCGUGCUGGCCGAGGACACCGAGGCGCUGGAGUGCGCGGCCCAGCUGUGCGCCAAGCUGCCCGAGCCGGAGGAGGUGCCGUGGAGCCUGGCCGAGGUGGAGGGCGCGCUCAGGCGGCAGCGGAGGGACGACGAGCCGCUCUCGCUGCCGCUCUCGCUCUCGCCGCCGUCUCCGGAAGUCCUGGCGCGGCUCUCCGCCCUGGUCAGCCGCGCCUUGGUGCGCCUGGCCCGGGAGGCGCAGCGCCUCAGCCUGCGCUACGCCAAGUGCACCAAGUUGGAGGUGCACACCGCCGUCAAGGUGGUGCUCUCCUGGACCGUCUCGGUCAACUGCAUCGCCGCCGCGCUCAGCGCCCUCUCCCUCUACAACAUGAGCACCGCCGACAAGUUCGGACGCGGAAAGUCGGCGCGCUGCGGUCUCGUCCUCUCGGUGGGCAAGUUCUUCAGGUGGAUGGUGGACAGUCGCGUGGCGCUGCGCGUCCACGAGCACGCCGCCAUCUACCUGACGGCCUGCGUGGAGAGCCUCUUCCGCGAGGUGCUCGGACGCGCGGUGCGCGGCGCGCUGCUGCGACGGGACGACGGCCCGGCCGACCUCAGCCCGGAGGCUCUGGAGCAAGCCGUGGGCGCCGACUCGGAAAUUUGGGGGCUCCUGCAGCCCUGCCAGCACCUCAUCUGCGGGAAGAAUUCCAGCGGUGUGCCGAGUUUGCCCGAAAGUCUCAACCUGCACCGAGACCAGCAGCAGCAGCAGCAGCAGCAGCAGCGCUCGGGUCACGGCUGCUACGGCCAGGCCGAACUCCGCACGCUGGAGCAGUCGCUGCUAGCCACGCGUGUGGGAAGCAUCGCAGAGCUCAGUGAUUUGGUGUCACGGGCCAUGCACCACCUGCAGCCGCUCCACGUCAAGAACGCGGCCAACGGGACCCCGCCGCAUCACCGCCACGGCACGGCCGGCGGCACUUCGGACGGCGCGGCCGGCUCCGUCCACUGGGAGCCCGAGGCGCUCUACACCUUGUGCUACUUCAUGCACUGCCCGCAGAUGGAGUGGGAGAACCCCAACGUGGAACCCUCUAAAGUCUCGCUACACAGCGAGAGGCCAUUCCUGGUGCAGCCUCCGCUGAUGGAGUGGAUCCGCGUGGCGGUGGCGCACGCCGAGCACCGGCGCAGCCCGGCCGUGGACAGCGACGACGUGCGGCAGGCCGCCCGACUCAUGCUGCCCGGCGUCGACUGCGAGCCCCGACAGAUCAGAGCGGAGGAUUGUUUGUGCGGCGCUCGCAAGCUGGACGCGGCGUCCAGCGAGGCUAAAUUCCUGCAGGACCUCGGCUUCCGGAUGCUCAACUGCGGGCGCGCCGAUCUGGUCAAGCAGGCCGUCGGCUUGCUCGGACCCGACGGCAUCAACAGCAUCAGCGAGCAGGGAAUGACCCCGCUGAUGUACGCGUGCGUCCGUGGGGACGAGGCCAUGGUCCAGAUGCUCCUGGACGCCGGCGCCGACAUUAACGGCGAAGUGCCCGCCAUGGUGCACAAGCACCCGUCCGUAUACCCCGACGCACGCGGCGGGACACCCCUCACGUUCGCAGUCUUGCACGGACACGCGCCCGUCGUGCAGGUAGUGACCGUGCUAGUCACCGAGAAGGAAUCGGCGUCAAAGCGCAUUCCAAAGAUUUUGCGGUGCAGCAGGAAUACCAUUUCAGUGGUCCGUCGUGUCUCCGUUGAUGGCGAGGAUUCUAAAAUAUCCCCACGAUGUCUUUGUUUGCAUUCUUCUUCGCCGCCUCAGUUGUUGCUGGACAACAGCGCCAACGUGGAAGGUUCGCUGCAGGACGGCGCCGACAACUACGCGGAGACGCCGCUCCAGCUGGCCGCCGCCGCAGGUAACUUUGAGUUGGUGAGCCUUCUCCUGGAGCGAGGCGCCGACCCCAUGAUCGGCACCACGUGUCGCAACGGCAUCUCGUCGGCGCCGCUCGGCGACAUGAACUCCUUCAGCCUGGCGGCGGCGCACGGGCACAGGAACGUGUUCCGGAAGCUUCUGUCUGAGUCGGAGAAGGACAAAGGUGACGUCCUUUCCCUGGAGGAGAUCCUGGCCGAGGGUUCGUCGUCCGCGCAGAAAACUUCGGCGCCCCAGUCCAACGGGGGGUCGCUGCGAACAGGAAAGGCCAAACUGCGAGCUCUGCGAGAGGCCAUGUACCAAAGCGCCGAGCACGGCCAUGUGGACAUCACCGUCGACAUCCGCAGCUUAGGCGUUCCGUGGACGCUCCACACUUGGCUGGAGUCGCUGCGGACCGGCUUCGCGCAGCAGCGCCGUCCCCUGAUCCAGGGUCUGCUCAAGGACUUCUGCUGCAUCCGGGAGGACGAGUACACCGAAGAGCUGCUCACGCACGGCCUGCCGCUCAUGUUCCGCAUCCUGAGAGCCUGCAAGAACGAUGUGAUCAGCCAGCAGCUGGCCGUCAUCUUCACCCGGUGUUACGGUCCUUUCCCCAUCCCCAAGCUCAGCGAGAUCAAGAAGAAGCAGACGUCGCGCUUAGACCCGCACUUCCUCAACAACAAGGAGAUGUCAGACGUCACCUUCCUGGUGGAGGGGAAGCCCUUUUACGCGCACAAAGUUCUGCUUUUCACCGCAUCGCCCAGGUUCAAGUCGCUGCUGCAGAACCGACCGGCGGCUGAGAACACCUGCAUCGAAAUCAGUCACGUCAAGUACAACAUAUUCCAUUUGGUCAUGCAGUAUCUCUACUGCGGAGGCACCGAGUUCUUGCACAUACGCAACACCGAGGUCAUGGAGCUGCUGUCCGCCUCCAAGUUCUUCCAACUGGAGGCCCUUCAGAGACACUGUGAGAUCAUCUGCUCCAAGAACAUCACCACCGAGACCUGCGUGGAUCUGUACAAGCACGCCAAGUUCCUAGGCGCCUCGGAGUUGACGGGCUUCAUCGAGGGCUAUUUCCUGAAGAACAUGGCGUCGCUGGUGGAGCUGGACGCCUUCAAGCAGCUCCUGUACGAGCACCCUCCGACCCCCGAAGCCCCCGUCGCGCUCUGCUCGGACAUCCUGCAGGACCUGGAAAAGACGCUGGCCUCCCGCGUGCGCUCCAUCCACCUGUCCACCUCUAAAGGCUCGGUGGUGUGACGUCGGCGCGACCGUAGCAAAGCCAGCAGAGGAACCUGCGGGGUUCCCGACCCUCUGCAUCAUGGACACUGUGUUAGCCAAAUCCUCCCGCCCCCUCGUUUUUGCAUGAGACCCUUUAUGCACGGUGGGUGGUGGACGCCACUGAAAUAAUGCAAAGUGUAAAUAGGACCGUCACGUCGCGUUUGCGUAUUGCUCGUAUUCCAGUUCGCCGAAAUCAAACAAAAGGCAGGGUUAGCGGCUAAAGCGUUAUUUUGAAAUUAACACUUUCAGAGCUGCUGACGAUGAUGGACGUUCAAUCCCAUAGCUCUUAAACACUCAAUGUAGACUCUUGAAAUGAUUUUGUCACAGGUAGACAUCCAAUCCAUUUGAACUGGGAGGGCUGGCAGCUAAACACAUUUGCUCAUUCGCUGCCAGCCCAAGGGCGUAGGUUUGCAUAGGGACGGUAGGAACAUAACUUUUCAGGAUGCUCAAAUUGUCCCAUCCAACUUUUAAGCAACCUUAUUUGCAUUAUAAAAUGAGUUCAGUUAUACAGGUAAUUUAGAUUGUCUUCCCAUAUGUUAUUAGAAUUGACCCUAACAUUAUUAAGUGAAUAACUUUCAUUAUGUCCAGACGUACUUUUAUCCCUUAUCACUUGCUGAAUGCACAAGUCCAUUUUUCCCCUCAACCGCACAUUUUGAUUGGCUGAUGACUCGAUCUCCCGCAUUCACACAAUCCCGGCAGAAAUCCAUGUCAACAUGCUGCCUCCUCCGCCCCCUUCGGAGAGGAUGGAUAUUAGAAGUUUUUUUUCGGCCAGCAGCAGCCACUGCAAGUAAUGUAAAAAACGUCAAUGUUGUGGAGGUGGGGAACACGCCACUAAUUUUACUACCGAAAGUCAAAGUUAGCAUCACAAUAAACUUUUUGAACUUGCUAACCUGUAAAACUCUAGAAAGCUGCUUAGAGAGGUGUAUGUUUUUUACUGUUAACGUGAAUUCAACUGUGCAUUUUGUGCAUUUAUUCAUUAAUUAAUUAAAAUGUAUUUUCAACAUCAUUUAAAACAGGGGUUUUCAACCCAGUCCUCAAGGCACACUGUGGGUCCUGGUUUUUGUUCCAGCCGAUCCAGCAGAGACAGUUGAACCAAUGAGGCUUCUGCUAAAACAAGCCACACCUGACUGCAAUCAACUGAUUGCACUUGUAAAACACCAGAUUGGGGAAAAAGUGUUGUCAUCUUGUUUGGUAAGAAUGAAAUCCUGCACCCACAGUGUGCCUUAGUGGAAUAGGUUGGGGACCCCUGAUUUAAAAAAUAUAUUUUUUUAUUUGCAGCUUACGCUCAUUUUUAAUCCCACCCCCUCCCCACCAAAAAAACACAACCAC